UGUCCACUCUCACAUUCUUCCCCCUUCCACUGCGGCGACUCCUCCUUCACCACAAGUCCACGACCUGAGUUCAAUCGGUGAGGCGAAGGCGAAGCAAAGCAACCAGAGUCCACUUCCACCGCGGCGAGGCGAAGCAAAGUGGAGCAACCAGAGUUCAAGCGGCGCUCCUUCUUCCCACUUCCACCUGCGGCAAGUCCUCCUUCCCCACGAGUCCACGACCAGCGGCGCUGCGGCGGUUUCCGUCAAGCUCGGUUUGAAUUCUAUUCAUUGUGUUAGCAACCUCGAUCUUAAAAUGUCAAAUUCAGAGUCUUGCACUCAAGACUUAGGGAGCAAUCAGCCAAUCGACGAUAAUAUACUUGAAGAUAUUGAAAUUGAAGAACCAGGGCUUGAGAGAGAGGAAGAGGGAGAGGAAAUAGUGCCGUCGGCAUCAAAAAAGCGUAAACAAGUAGUAAGAUCGGCUAUAUGGCAAAAAUUUGAUAAAGUGUUUGAAGAUUCAAUUCAAAAAGGGAAAUGUAAACUGUGUGGAGAAACGAUAGCUGCUGAUCCGAAGCACAAUGGCACAUCUGCUAUGUGGAAGCAUCAUGCUUCAUGUUUGAAGAAAAAUGAAGCGAAAAAGAAUCAAACACCAUUCAGCCAAGAUGAAUUGCGGCAAGACAUCCAAGAAAGGGGCAGAUACGCAUUGUGCAGGAUGAUUGUUCUUGAUGAACAACCAUUCAGAUUGGUGGAACGAGAGGGAUUUCGUUUAUUCUGCCGUGAUAAGGUACCAAACUUUAAUAUCCCGAGCAGAUACACGGUAAGAUCGGAUUGUGUGAAGAUGUUUCUAGAGGAGAGAGAACUAGUGAAAGUGGUUUUCUCUAGACCAAGCAUGAGUAGAGUAUCAAUCACCACCGACUGUUGGACUGGAGUCAAUAACACAAGCUUUAUUUGUGUUACAUCACAUUUCAUCGACAAGGAAUGGAGCCUGCACAAGAAAAUAAUCAACUUCUUUGACAUUACUAGUCAUGAGGGGAUGACAUUGCUAAGGUGUUGAUAAAGACCCUUACGAACUGGGGCAUUCAGAGGCUUCUUUGUUGCACCAUGGAUAAUGCUAAAAACAAUGGUGUAGCAAUCAAGGAAAUGAAGUCCACCUUCAAUGCAAGAGGCAUGCUUGUUGCCAAAGGGCAAUAUUUUCAUCAGAGGUGUGUUGCACACAUACUUAACUUGAUUGUCGAAGAGGGCAUGAAACAAAUAGGCAUGGGUGUUGUACGAGUUAGGGAAGCCGUGAAAUGGAUAAGGGGUUCAUCCAUAAGGUCUAAAGACUUCAAGGAUAUUGUCAAGGUAUGUAAGGUGGAUACCAAAAAAUUCUUGUGUCAAGAUGUACCUACUAGAUGGAACUCGACUUACUAAAUGCUCGAGGCGGCAUUGCCAUAUGAGCCGGCUAUGAAGCUAUACAACAACGUCACUCCCCAGUUUGGUAGGGAUUUGAGAAACCUGAAACACAAGGACCUCACAGUUGGCGUACCUGGAGAAGAAGAUUGGAUUGAAGUGAGGAAUAUGUGUAGUUUUCUUCGAUCGUUUUAUGCUUUGACUCGUCUCGUCUCAGGCACCACGUAUGCCAUAUCACAUUCAUUUUUAAUGGAGAUGUGUGACAUAUUCCUUAUCAUAAAAAUGUUGGAGGAUGAUGAAGAUGCUGAGAUUAGAUACAUGGCCAAGAAGAUGAUGGAAAACUUUGGUAAGUAUUGGUUGGAGGGAGAUGAGCUUAAUCCAAACAUGAACAAAAUUUUGUAUAUUGCUGCAAUGCUAGAUCCUAGACAAAAGAUGAAGCAUGUGCAACAUUGUUUGAAGACGUUGUACGGUGAAGCACGGGGAAAUGAGUUGGCAGAGGAGUUGAGAAAGUCAGUCUUUGACUUAUUUGAGUUGUACAAGAAAGAAUUCACUCCAGUGGCUGACCAAACACAACCACGAACAACUUCAGCUAGCCAAAUGUCGAGUAGAUCGACUAAUCUGCGAUUUCUUAGUAAAAGUUCUUGUAACAUUCUCUGUGUUGCUAGUGAGGAUGAUGAUGAUGAAGAUGGAAGCUCAGAGCUCUCUCGUUACUUCGCAGAGAGGCAAUACCCGGCCAAUGAAGAUGUUGAUUUUGACAUUCUUAUGUGGUGGAAGACAUAUGGUAUUUCCUAUCCUAUUCUAUCUGAGAUGGCUAAGCUAUUCCUAUAUCAAGCGUAGCUUCUGAGUCGGCAUUCAGCAUGGGGAGGCGUGUGCUGUCGACAUUUAGAAACUCUUUGGCACCCGAAAUGGUAGAAGCUUUGAUAUGCUCCAAGGAUUGGUUGAGGUCUAGUUCUAGUUAUGCAGAUCUCAUGGAAGAAGAAGGAGAACCAAUACCAUUUAUGCAAAAGCAAUACCAUGAAAUGAUGGGGGAAUAGAGAUGUCAAGUGGGCCGGGCCGACCCAACCCAGUCCGGCCCAGGCCCGGUAUGAGCCAGCCCGGGACCGGCCCACUAGCGAAAUGAAGCGGGCUUGGGCUAGGCUGAUUAGAUUAAUUGGGUUCCAAGUGUGCCUUUUUAUGAACCCAUACCCGGCCCGGGCCUAGAACCGGCCCUGGCCCGGACCAGGCCCGUCAGAAUCUAAAUUUUGCUGGUAUAUACUUUGUUUUAUAGUUGGCUCUUUCAAUAGACUUGUUUAUGCA